UAACUCAAGGGCAAGUAUCAUCUCCCGCGAAUAAAAGUCCCCUGUUGUUGACGAUUUUUGGGUUACUUCCACGUUCUUUGGUUUCUCUGGUUGGAAAAAUCAUACGCAUAAUCUCCGUCGUCGUCUUCCAAGGCUUCGAGGCUUAAGAAUGGAGAUUAUGAAGACACCAAAGACGAAGAUCGUGUGCACUCUAGGACCGGCAUCGAGGUCCGUACCAAUGAUAGAGAAGCUGCUUAGGGCCGGCAUGAACGUCGCUCGCUUUAACUUCUCUCAUGGAUCUCACGACUAUCACCAGGAAACCCUUGACAAUCUCAGGACCGCCAUGGAAAACACCGGUAUUCUUUGUGCCGUCAUGCUUGACACCAAGGGACCAGAGAUUCGAACUGGGUUUCUCAAAGAUAGCAAACCCAUCCAGCUAAAACAGGGUCAAGAAAUCACCAUAUCUAUUGACUAUAGCAUAAAGGGUGAUGAGAAUAUGAUUUGCAUGAGCUACAAGAAGUUGGCCGUGGAUGUAAAGCCAGGAAUGGUGAUACUUUGUGCAGAUGGCACUAUAUCAUUUACGGUUUUAUCUUGUGACAAAGAAUCAGGUUUCGUUCAAUGUCGCUGUGAAAACUCUGCUGUUCUUGGUGAGAGGAAAAAUGUUAAUCUUCCAGGGGUGGUAGUGGAUCUCCCUACCUUAACAGAGAAAGACAAGGAGGACAUCUUGCACUGGGGAAUCCCCAAUAAAAUUGACAUGAUUGCUUUAUCUUUUGUUCGAAAAGGUUCAGACCUUGUGGAGGUCCGAAAGCUGCUUGGGAAUCAUGCUAAGAGCAUACUUCUCAUGUCAAAAGUUGAAAACCAAGAAGGUGUGGCAAAUUUUGAUGACAUCCUUGCAAAUUCAGAUGCAUUUAUGGUGGCACGAGGUGACCUUGGAAUGGAAAUCCCAAUUGAAAAGAUAUUCCUAGCACAGAAAGUGAUGAUUUACAAGUGCAACAUCCAAGGAAAACCUGUUGUGACUGCAACCCAGAUGUUGGAGUCGAUGAUAAAAUCUCCCCGGCCAACUAGAGCCGAGGCCACUGAUGUUGCCAAUGCUGUUCUUGAUGGCACAGACUGUGUGAUGCUGAGUGGUGAAACAGCUGCUGGAGCUUAUCCAGAACUUGCAGUUCGAACAAUGGCCAAAAUAUGUGUAGAAGCAGAGGGCACCCUUGAUUAUGGAGAUGUCUUCAAAAGACUAAUGCAACACUCGCCAGUGCCGAUGAGCCCGUUAGAGAGCUUGGCUUCUUCCGCUGUCAGAACAGCCAACUCAGCAAAAGCAGCUGUUAUAUUGGUCCUAACAAGAGGUGGCAGUACUGCCAAACUGGUGGCCAAGUAUAGGCCAGGCAUGCCCAUCUUGUCUGUGGUUGUCCCAGAGAUUAAGACAGAUUCCUUUGACUGGUCGUGCAGUGAUGAAGCUCCAGCAAGGCAUAGCCUAAUUUUCCGUGGGUUGGUUCCAGUUUUAAGUGCAGGGUCUGCUAGGGCUUCUGAUGCGGAGACAACAGAAGAGGCGCUGGAGUUUGCCAUUCAACAUGCAAAGGCACGGGAUCUCUGCAAAAAUGGAGAUUCUGUGGUGGCUUUGCACCGGGUUGAUAAUGCUUCUGUUAUCAAGAUUUUAACUGUCAAAUGAUAUCAUUUUCAUAGUUUCAUUGUCUCGCUCUCUCUAUAGACUCUUAUAUUUCUUGUUUGGAGGGAUUAGCAUCGACAUGAGCUAAAAAUGAUGCUUCUAGUUUUGUUUUUUUGUUUUUUUCCUUGAUGCAGAACCCUCUACAACUACUACCCGUGUCUUGAUGGGAAAAAACUGAAUUGGGAUUUAGAUUUCUAAAUGUUUGAUUAUGUGACUGAUAUAAUAGUUUUUAUUUUUUGCUA